AUGGAUGCCGAUGUCGAUGCGAUCGAUAUCGAUGAUGACGAUGACGACGAUGCUGGCAUAUUCAGAAUCGCCAAUGACUGCCAAAUUGAGGACGAUGAUACCCUCACUGGCGAAGACAACGUUCUUUCAGCAGUGCACACGAAGCGCACUGCUGUUGACAAGGAUGCGUCAGCAUAG